AUGUCUGCGAUGGAUGUUGAUGAUGUCACUCCUUCCACCGUCUCCGUAGCACAGAAAAAGCGUUUUGAAAUUAAGAAAUGGAAUGCAGUUGCUCUUUGGGCAUGGGAUAUUGUCGUAGAUAAUUGCGCUAUAUGCCGAAACCAUAUUAUGGAUCUUUGUAAUGUUCAACCCGAACUUAUAAUCAUUAUAAGGUAUAGAAUGCCAAGCAAACCACGCUUCUGCCACAAGUGA